AAAUAGUAAUUAGUUACGAAAUUUUACUAUAGCAAAACUCUAUGGCUAUACCAUUUAACUAUUGCCACAUCUUUUUAUAACUUGAAGCUAAAUUAUUUAUUUAGCCACAAUAUUUUGUUUCAAAUAACUUAUUAUGGCUAAAGAGUUGCUAUUUCUACAAUUAUUUUUAUUGGGUAGCAAAAAAGUUAUAAUUAGCUACAGAAUUUUAUUGUAGCAAUAAAAUUGUAGCUAUUUAGAUAAUUAUUGUCAUGAUUGUUAGCGAUUAUAGCAAAUACAAGGAUUUAGCUUUGUAAACUUAAUAUUCGUGGAUAAGAAAUUUGAUGAAUUUUUAAAUAGCCACGAAAUUUGAAUUUUUAUGGCUAUUACUAGGUAAUAGCUACGAUUUUCAAAUUCAUAGCUUAGAUUUCGUAGCAAUAAGUAUAUUUUCUUGUAGUGGUUUUCGACAGCUUUUAAGUUGGGUUUCUUUUGUCUUUUCUCACUUUUCCUAAGCCCAAGACAUGACGUUUUAACUUCAAUUAGGGGAAUAUAUUCCACCAAGUACUCAAUUUUCUUUUAUUUCUACGCUCUCAACUCCCAACUCAAAAAGAAAACCCCAAGGAUAGCAAAAGCUAGAGUUUCAAGGCUUCCAAUCAAAUUCUUUUUCAAACUUCUUCAAGAACUUUGUUCUUCCAGGUAUGUAAGACUUCAAUGAGAGUAUUCAUUUCUUUCUCAUGUCUAAAGUAUUAUGAUUAUAAGAUAAAUUAUGUAUAAAUCUAGGAUUUUACCCAAUCUUAUUCAAGCUAUGAUUUUUAUGCAGAAAUUAGAGUUUUAUGAAAGAUUUCUCAUGCAUAUCAAUGAAUUACUAUGAACUACAUAUUUUAUUAUAUAAUUAUGAUUCUCCAAACAUGUGUCAAAAUUAUUUAUGAAGCUGUGAAAGCUACUGUUGAGUAUUUACAUGUUAUUCAUGAUUUCAAAUAAGUUGUCUCAUGUUUAAAUUCAUACGCAUAGAAGUAAGAUAUGUUUAUGAAAGAGAUAUUUUGAGCAUUGCCUCACAACAUCACGAUUCAUGAUUAGUAUGACAGUCGGGUAUGCCAUCAAUAUUUAAGUAGUAUGACAUCUAGAUAUGUCAUUCAUGUUUACGCAGUAUGACUUCACGAGUCAUCAAUGAUCAAAUCACAAUAUGAUUUUCGAUAUAGUUUUCAUGAUUACAGCCUAAAUACAAGUUAUUUUAAGAGUUUUGAGGGUAUUUUAAAUGAUCCCAAAUGUAUUAUUUUACAUUGAGAAAGAAAAUACUAUUUUAAGAAAAACAUAAAGAGUAUUCAGAGGCAUUUCAAACAGAUAAAGUUGAAUUAUCCCUUAAAGAGGGUCUUUUUUAGUAUUAUCUCAACUCAGAUGUUAUAUGAGCAUAUUGAUAUUGAUUAUUUUGCGAGUAGUAUUGAGCACCGAAUUGAGUAAGAGUUCAUUUUAAAUAUCAAGCCCCAUAAACUACAUAGCCACUGUAGGAUAGGAUCGUACCGACUUUUGGGUGACUCCUCACUGCCUCAAGAAGGCUUAUUGGAUGGAUCCAUAGUAAUAGUUAGCAUCAUUUACCCCGACAAAGUAUAGGAUGGCUCUGACAACGUUGGUAGAACGUUGUAUCUCGCUAGGCUCAUAGUGAUGGUUGUCGAUUAGAUAAACUCACCAACAGAGUAAAGUUUAUUAUUUUCACAUUGCUUUUAGUGCAUAUUUUAUUGUAAACUACAAAUGGUUUUCACUACUUGUUCAUAUCUUGUUUCACUUGAGUUAUAUUCAAUCAUAUGUUCAGCUGUUGUUUUAUUCGGUCAUAUUGUAUACUCAUACAUUCAACGUACUGAUGUCAUUCAACCUGGAUCAUUUCAUGAAGCAAUUUCAGGUACUUAGGAUCAUCAACAGACGUUUCGUUGAGAUCACAUCAUCUACUCGUCAGCUUCUGGUGUAACCUCCUUGCUUUCGGAGGACUCCAUUUUUGCUGAUUUAUAGUAAUAGGGUUUUGAGGUGUCGUUAGUCUUGUCUCAACACCGAUCUUUAGAUAGUAGAGGCUUCAUGGACAGAAAGAGUUGGACGGUUUUCAGAUUUUUUCUCAGAUGUUUUAUUAAACACUUACUAUUUAUACUAAGUAUUUUCAGACGUUGUUUUAAAAUUUCUUUAAAUGUUUAAAUACUCAUCUAUUAAAGUUUCCGCGUAUCUUAUUGAGUCAUAUGUACCAUAGUUAGCUUGAUCAAGGGUUCGCUUGGGACCACUAAUGGUUUUGAGUGUCGGUCACGUCCAGGGUGAAGGAAACAUAACAAAUAAUUAAAGGAAACAGUUUCAUUAACAAAAUAGUCUAAUAACCGAAAACAUUACUAACUUCGGUGUAAACAGAUAUAGUAAACCAAAGCUUGAGUAAAUACUCAUUGGUAGAGAGAGUAGCCAAAUCAACACACAUAUCCUUGUGUAUGUUUCAGAAGAAAGUAUAAUAAUUCAUAAAUAUCAGGCAUAGUUACUCUAUUUAUCAAACCUAACACAUAUGACUUUUAACUUGAUAUUAAUCCAGCUAACCAACGUUUCUGUUUUUGUUUGUUACACUUUGAUCUUUAUUGUAGGACUGAGUUGAGAUUUAUAGAGAAACUUGUGAAAGUUACUGAAAAUAAAGUAAACCAUUCAAUCCUGAGUGUUGCUCCUUACCUAAUUGGUAUGCAUUUUCGGGUUAACAAUAUUUGCUUGUGGUUGCAACAUAAAGCAGAUGAUGUUGGUAUUUUGGGCAUUUGUGGUAUGGGUGGUAUAGGGAAGACAACAAUCGCCAAAUAUGCAUUUAACUCUAACUUUGAAAGUUUUGAAAGAAGCAGCUUCCUCUACAAUGUUAGAGAUUUUUCCGAGUCUACGGAUGGACUAAUUUAUCUGCAGAAACAAUUUCUUUCUGAUAUUCUUGAUGGGAGGAAGAUUGACAUUCAGAGUGUUGAAGAUGGAAUCAAUCAGAUCAAAAGUGCUGUUUAUGGUAAGAGGGUUCUUAUUGUGCUGGAUGAUGUUGAUGAAGUGGACCAAUUAGCCGCUAUUACUGGAAUGCGAGAUUGCUUUUAUUCAGGUAGUAAAAUUAUAGUGACAACUAGGCACAUAGAGUUACUAAGGGCUUGUGAAAUUGAAUUGAUUGAUCAUGUUCAGAAACUGAGCAUAGGCGAAUCUAUUGAACUAUUUAGUUGGCAUGCAUUCGGACAAGACCAUCCAGUUGAGAAUUACACCAAGUUCUUGAGAAGGAUUAUAGAAUAUUGUAUUGGAUGUCCUCUAGCUUUACAAGUUUUGGGUUCUUCUCUCUUUGGUAAAAGUUUAGCUGUAUGGGAAAGUACACUGAAGAAACUAGAGGCAAUUCCUAAUAGUAAAGUAUCAAAGAAACUGCAAAUUAGUUUUGAGUUUAUACAAGAUGAUCAUGACAAAAGCCUAUUCCUUGACAUUGCCUGCUUCUUUCUUGGAAAGAAUGUAGACCACGUUGUCACUAUACUUGAUGCAUGUGGAUAUUAUUCAAUGGUUGGGAUUCAGAAUCUCCAAGAUAGAUUCUUGUUGAUAAUUGAUGAAUAUGGAAAACUGAGGAUGCAUCCAUUAGUUAGAGAUAUGGGACGAGAAAUUAUACGCCAAGAAUCACCUAAGCAUCCUGAAAGACGGAGUAGGUUGUGGCAUUUCAAGGACUCAUUUAAUGUUCUGAAAGAAAAAAUUGGUUCAGAUAUGAUUCAAGGCCUGAACGCUAGGUCUUGUGCACACAAAGAUAAGCCACCAAGAUUCUUUUAUCAUCCAACUGCAGAUGAGUACUUGCAGGAAUGUGCCUACCUAAUGGGGAGGAAAAAGCUGUCAAGCCAAAAUAAUCCAUCAAGGCAACCACAACCUCGUAAAGUUCUUAUUUAUGGUUCCUCGAUAGAAUCACUUGGCAAAUCAAAGAAGGUGGACAGCGUCAACACUGAUGCAUUUUUUGGUAUGCACAAAUUAAAACUGCUGCAACUUGACAAUUUAGCAGUUAAAGGAAAUUACAAGGAGUUCCCAAGGUCAUUGAGGUGGUUGUGUUGGCACAAAUUUCCAUAUAAAUGUUUACCUGAUGGCUUACCUUUGGAGAAACUGGUGGUUCUGGAAAUGCGCUACAGUAGGUUGCAUCAUCUUUUUGAAAGAAACAAGGUUCUCAGUGCAUUAAAGAUUCUGAAUUUGAGUCAUUCAGAAGGUCUGUCCUACACCCCUGACUUCUCAAAGCUCCCAAAUCUUGAGAGGAUAAUUCUCAAGUACUGCACUAGGUUGACUCAGAUUGAUAAAUCGAUUGGGGGACUAAAGAGACUCCUCAUUUUGAACCUGAGAGGCUGCCAAAGUCUACGGAAACUUCCCAGAUGUAUUAUUGAUGUCCAUUCCCUCGAGAAGCUUAUUCUGUAUGGUUGCUCAAAAUUUGUAUGGUCUUCAUUAGAGCUGGGUAAGAUGCAUUCAUUGCUAGAGCUUGAUGCCGGUGGAACUGCUAUCCAUCAAGUUUCCACUUCUGUGUGUAAGAAGCAUUUACUGAGUUUAGCUCUGUGCACUUCAGUCUCAAGCCCGAGAAAAUCUCCUGGAAUUGUUAACCUGUUAACUACAGUAUCUCAGACAUUAGUAACCUUAAGUCUUAUUGGAUGUGGUUUAUCAUGUGAUUUGAUUCCAGUGGAGAUUGGUGAUUUCUCCACACUGCAGAACUUGUUUUUAAGUAAGAAUCCAAUUCACAGCUUACCAGAUAGCAUCAAGAGGCUUACCAAUCUCCAGGUACUUGAGUUAGAUAAAUGCGAAGAACUUAAGUAUCUUCCAAAGAUCCCAGCCAGUGUCACAACCUUGAGCAUCCACGGAUGCAGGUCACUCGAGCGGUUAUCAAAUUUACCAAACAUAUUGACAACAUUGGAUUUUCUUGCAUUAAGAUGCAACAAACUAAUUGAGGUUCAGGAAAUGUUCCAGCUAAAAUGCAUUUCUUUAUUUGAUGCUGAUUUAAUCAGCAUUCUGGGAUUACCCAACUUGAGUGAAACUAAGGUGGAUCUGUACAACAACCUGACUCUUACAAGAUGGAAAUGUCCUAUACAGGGCCUCUAUGAAUUUGGCAUAUUCAGUACUUCUGUCCAUGGAAGUGAGCUUCCAGACUGGUUAAGCUACAAUGCUAAAGGGUCGUCCUCAAUCAGUUUUGAUGUGCCUAAUCAUGACAUUCAGGGUUUAAACUUAUAUGUUAUCUAUGGAAACGCCAGCAUAUCUUAUUGUACAAGGAGAAAUAAAUUUUGGAAUGAGUUUCAUGUUAGAAUGGUAAAUAAGACCAAGGAUCUGAGAUGGACAUACAGUCCAAUAAUUCAUGGUAUUCCAGAUAAUGAUGAAGAUCUCACAUGGCUAUGCCAUUGGGAAAUAGGAGAUAACUUGGAUCCUGGAGACUCUAUCAGCAUUUCAAUGACUCUAUAUUCUGGUGUUCAAUUGAAGGAAUUUGGCGUUCACAUUGUGUAUAAGCAGAAUAAGAACAAUUUGAGAUGUAACACAUCAUCUCCUCCUGCACACCAUCUCAUUAAUGGGGUGGAUAACUCUGCAUAUCAGGUUCAAGGCUCCUACUUCCUCUGUCAUCAUGACUUUGAUAUUCAGCAAAAAUAUUUCACUGAUGGCUGGAAUUCGACGGGCUGGUAUGACUUCUUCUUUGGUGAUAAUUCUGAUCAAGAUUUUCCCGAGGAAAUGGUUCCCCGUCACAUUGCAGAUAUGACCAGUGAGAAUGUCUAUGGACUUGUAUCUGGAGUGGAGGAUGAUUAAACAUGGCGAUUGCCAUGAUGCUGGAUUGCUGGUGUGGAGCGCUAAGGUUUUCUAAAUCAUAUGAUAUGAUCCAGUACCAUUCAUUAUUUUUAUGCAAAGGGAAAGAGGUGAAAAUUUAGAUAGUCAACCAAUUGAGGCUACGUACUAUGAUUUCCUGCCAUUCAUUAUAUAUUGUCAAUAUGAGACUAUGAAAGAGUGCAGGUUUCCAAAUGUUC